ACUCCCCUUUCUUCACUCACACCCACAUAACAAUCCUACCCUCACUAUUCUCACUCUCUUUAUUUUUCUUACACUCUUUCCCUUUUUUCUUCUUCAUUACUACAUACCUCAACGUUUUUAUUUGCUCCACAUUAUUAUGGAAACCUCGCCUGAAUUCUUCCAGGGCUCCCCCGCUGCUUACUACAACAAAAUCCAGCAUUUUGCGCCCGAAAAACGACAGGCUGAGGGGAAGGCCAGCGCGGAGCAUUUUAUCAUCGAGGACCUGUUGGAUUUUCCUAAUGAUGACGUUGGUGUCACGGAGGCAACUUUUGAUAAUGUGACCGGGACGUCUACUGAUUCGUCUGCGGUCACGGUGGUGGAUAGCUGCAACUCGUCGUUUUCUGGCAAUGAGAAUCAUUUUCAUGGAGGUUUGGGUGAUCAUGCUCAAUUCUCUAAUGACCUUUGUGUUCCGUAUGAUGAUAUGGCUGAAUUGGAGUGGCUAUCGAAUUUUGUGGAAGAGUCUUUCUCAAGUGAGGAUUUGCAGAAGCUUCAGCUGAUUUCAGGAAUGAAGGCUCGCACUGAUGCAUCAGAAAACCAGACUGAAAACAACCGUGAGAACCCGAUAUACCGCCCUGAAGUGUCGGUCCCUGGGAAGGCACGUAGCAAGCGCUCCCGUGCUGCCCCGUGCAACUGGACAUCCCGGCUUCUAGUGCUCCCACCGACUUCCAACCAGGCAAUGUCGUCUGAGUCAACGGAGUCUGACAUUGUGGUCGGGUCAGGGAAGAAAAUGGGGAAGGGUGUUAUAAUGGGGAAGAAAAAAGAGGUUUUUGACAAUGGUGGUGGCUCAAUGAGUGGUGGGGAUGGGCGGAAGUGUCUCCACUGUUUGACUGAUAAGACGCCACAGUGGAGGACCGGGCCUAUGGGCCCGAAAACACUCUGUAACGCUUGUGGCGUCCGGUACAAAUCGGGCAGACUUGUGCCCGAGUACCGGCCAGCUGCAAGCCCAACAUUUGUGCUCGCUAAACAUUCCAACUCUCAUAGGAAGGUACUUGAGCUAAGGAGACAAAAGGAGAUGCAAAGGGCACAACAUCAUCAGCAACAAUUUAUUCACCAGGGUAUGAUGUUUGAUGUAGCACCUAGUGAGGAUUUCUUAAUCCACCAACACAUUGGACCCGAUUUUCGGCAACUCCUCUAACAUGUGGCAGCCACGUAGAGUCGUAACAGAGUCGAGUCGAGUUCGAGUUGAGUCAGAACUAGUGUCGUAAGUUGUUAGCGAUUUCAAGAGUCUUUGAUCAAUUUUCCUAGAGUUAAUUUGUCCUAACUUUGAGGAAUUUUGUAGUCCUUUUGUCAUUAGGCUACUUUGGUAAAACAAAAAGAAAAAUAGUAUGAGGCCGAAGUUAGAAGGUAUAGAGUCUUGAAUGUCGUUUCAAGUUUAAUUUGCAAGUUUGUCAAGUGUUUGAACAUUUUUCCUAAUUGUAAUUGAGAAACCAUUUCCCCUA